AUGUCUAAAUCAGAGUCUGAAGCAUCGACUCUCACUUCCAACCCUGAGUAUUUUGAAAAGCCAACACCCACAGAGUCAGCUACCAUGCAAGACCAGGAGGAGAGGCGCCUGCAGGCAGAAGCCGCCUACCGAUGGGGCAAGACGCCAUCGAGCUCGGGCGGCCCAGCCGAGACGGAUCCGGCCCGGCUGCCGGUGGACCACCCGGUGCACAAGAUCCCGCCCGAGACGCAGGAAAAGAUGCGCAAGAAGGGCAUCAAUCCCGUGCUGAGGGCCGAGAUGGACGAGGCGACAAAGGGGCAGGGCAAGCAGCGCGGCUUCUGGAGCAGGUUUGGGCUGACGAGCACGGGGUCCUGGAGAAGGUAG